AUGGCAAAGCGUGGUGGAAAAGUUGGCACCACGGUAUUACUGCUCGCGGGCCUCUGGCUUGGUCUAGCUGGUUCUCGCUGGGCUCUCGCGUUGACAGCGGCCAGCAGCGCUGGUGCCCUCGAGCGACUCCACGCUACCGCCCUGAAGCUGAAGGCAUCCUCCAGCGAGGACGUGGAACGCACAGCGACAGAGGCCAAGGCAGGCUUGGAUCAGGCCGAGUGGCUGCAAAAGACAACUGCGAAGAUCCAGAAGUUUGGAGUGGCUGAGGUCAGUUCUUGGGUCCGGGCGGCCUUGGAAGAGGAGAACUACGCCGACGAAGCGCCGGAGAUUGCUGGAAUUUUGAAGUCCCAGAAGGUGAAGGGCACCGCGCUCCUGGAGUUGACUGCGGAGAAGAUGCGAACGGUUGGCAUUCUCAUGGGCCCAGCUGAAGUCCUGGCCAAGCGCAUUGCUGCGGUGUCUGCCCCGCCAAUGGCCGCGAGCGGAUUCCAGGACGACCCGGAAGCCACGGAGUUCAUCCGGGAGCUGGCCGAGGCUACGCCAGAGCCCUUGGGUGAAGGCGUGCAGGUCUUCAACCUCACGAAGUCCCUGCCCGCAAAGCCCUACGACCAGAGCGGGCCCAAAUUAUUGACGCGCAACACGACGCGCCAAGCCUGGCAGGCCACCUUCGAGCUCAUGAAGGGCGGCAUCGAGCGCGUGGCCAUGUUGGGCGUCCCCGGCAUCGGGAAGAGCCGCAGUUUGGCGCUGGGCCUCUGGCACCUGGUGACGGGCCAGCAGCUGGACGGGCUUCCGCAGCCCGAGGCCAUCGUGUAUGAAGCCCGGGAGGGUGGGGCAGUCUUCCUCUUCACCAAGGGCCAGGAUGGCAAGUGGAAGGCGCAGAGCCGCGACAUGCAAAAUUGGAGCCCAUCAGGCUGCCCGCACCUGCGAAACUCCAAGAACUGGUACUUAGUGGAUGCUUCCGAUAAAAGAAAGACCACCUUCAAGUUGGCUGCCAAGACAGUGAUCGCCUGCAGCCCAGACCCGGAACACUAUUCGAAUUUCGUCAAAGACGGCGAGUGUGUCUUCGUUGAAGCUUUCAGGUGGGCCGAGGUGGAAGCGUGCUAUCCACAGUUGGAGACUAAGGUUGACCAGGAGGAUAUGCGCCAAAGGUUCCAGCAAGUCGGAGGUGCUCUGCGCACCCUUCUGGCAAACGUCGCGGGCUACACACGAGCCGUCCAGCUGCAGAGGGUCGAGGCAAAGGACUUCACGACAGUAGAGCGUGCCUUUGAGGGUGAUUUGAGCACCUUUGAAGAGAAGAAGAUGCCGACCAGGCUCUUCACAUACCGCAGCGCAGAUGGGAUCUUAAGCAAUGUCUCCAUCUGCUCUCCUGGCGCUGCCGCACUGCUUGUCGAGAAGCACUAUGACAAGCUUGUGUCGCUGUGGAGCAAUGCAAACAAUCCAAAGUCGAGGUAUGGGCUUGAGGACUGUGUAGGCCCGCUUUUGACAGCCUUUUGGCCGGGCAAACAAGGGUUUACAGCCUGUGAGGUCACCAGUGCGCCAGCUGCUAAAAAGUCCAGAUGGAACCGCAGCCUCGGCGAAGCCUUCGAGGUUGAGAAGGGUUUGCAGCUUCUAGAGUGUGACACCGAUCAAAUCUUUGAUGCCAGAUGGCGGGAGGCUGUGCAGAAAGCCAGUCUAGAGGGACGUGUUCUGCACAGCCCAGAGAAUUACCCGGGCAUCGACUACCUGCUGGACUUCAACCACGGCAUCCAGGUGACCAACUCCAACACGCACACCAUCGCGAAGGCCUUUCGCAACAAGUUGCAGGAGAUGUUCAACAACACUGAGGAAAGCCACGGUUUCACUCUCACGUUUCUCAUUACAGGAGAUCCUGGAAAAUUCACACCGAACAGAAGCGAUUACAACGCGCUAAUGGACAUGGCGGGUCCAGAAAAGUUGUUUGACAAUGUUUGUGUACAGGUCGUGCAGAUUCCGAAGACGCUCAAUAGCCUGAGUUGA